AUGCAGUUCUACGUGCGCGACCUCUUCGCCCGGCUCAGGGUCGGCGACGCCGAGGUGCGGAGGGAGGCCGCGGCCGCGCUCAGCGAGGUGCUGCGCGACGACGAUAAGUGCGUCCGCGUCGUGGCGUCCGACGUCGUGGACGACGUCGGCGUGCUCGUCGCGCUGCUCGAGUGCCCCGACGCCCGCGUCCGGGAAGACGUCCUGGAGGCAGUCUCGGUGAUCGCCGGGUCCGAAGCGCACAGGGGAGACCUGGUCGUUGGCGGCGUCAUCGCGCCCGUGGUCCGCGUCCUCGUCGCCGGCGCCAGCGCCAGCAGCGAGGCGGCCAAGGAGAGGGCGGCGCGGGUGCUCUGCAAACUCACGGAGAACUCGGACAACGCGUGGGCCGUCGCCGCUCACAGCGACGUCACGACGCUGCUCGACCUGUGCACGGACCACGGAGCGAGCGGCAGUGAGCUCGUGUGCGCGGCGUGCCGGGUGCUGCGGAGCCUCGCGGGCGUCGACGAGAUCAGGAAGUACAUGGUGGCCGACGCUGGGGCCGUCCCGGUGCUCGUGUCUCUCUCGUAGAGGGCCACGGACGACGCGGCGCGAAUCCAGGCGGUGGAGCUCCUCGUCGCCAUCGGCUCUGGGGACAGCUCAGCUAGGGAGGUCGUGGUCCAGGAAGGCGCCGUCGAGUCCCUCGUUGUAAUACUCAACGACGCCUCCUCCUCCUCCUCGAAGGUGCGGGAGGUGGCCCUCCGUGCCAUCGACGGGCUCUGCCUCUCGCCGCCCACCUCCACCGACCGUCUCAUCGCCACCGGGUUCCUCGACAGCGUCCUCUCCCUCCUUCGCACCGGAGACACCACGUUGCAGCACUGCGCCCUGAAGGCGGGGCACCGCCUGUGCCUGGUGUUGGAGGAGAUCAGGAAGGCGAUGGGCGACGCCGGAUUCAUGCGGGAGCUUGUGAGCGUCCUCGGCGCGUCGUCCAAGUCCCCCGAGGCGCGGGAGAUGGCGGCCGAGUCGCUCUGCGCCUUGGUGUCCGUACACCGCAACCGGAAGCGGUUCGUCCAGGAGGACCGCGGCGACGUGGCGCGGGUGCUGCAGCUGCUGGGCUCCGGCAAUGAGGAGAAGCUCACGCCGGCAAAGCGGUUCGUACUGUCCACGGUGAUGCGUCUCGCGGACAGCAGCUCCGGCUGGAGGAAGAUCCUGUCCUCGGAGCACGUCAGGAAUCUGGAGAAGCUUGCGGAGGCCGAUGUCCCGGACGCCAAACGGAUCGUGAAGAGGCUUGGCGGGAGCAGGCUAAGGAGCAUUUUCCAUGGCAUUUGGAGCCUGUAAUGUAAUCCUUGGAGACAAGCAUGCACUAGCUGCCACUUACAUGCACAUAGUUAUGACUAACACAUAACUAUGUUCCUUGCAUCUUUUGUUACUGUGAAGGAAUCAAAGCAUGAACCACCCAGUGAUUUGUCUCCUA